AUGUCAUCAUCAACUUCACUGCCAUUAUUCGAUGGACACUCUGGAAAGUAUGACAACAAGACCUUUUGGGGAAGGUUCCAAAACUUCAGGGAUGUCACUGAUCCAAGGUCGAUGUUCAUUACAGAUGCAGAGUUGCAGAGUUCUGUUGACCUGAUCGAUCGAUUCAAACAAGGAAAGAUUGAUCCUGUCUCCAACGGUGAGGCACUCUGGAGGGCAAAGAAAGUCAUGGAUGCAACUAUACAUCCAGACACUGGUAAAUCGAUACCCCUCCCAUUCAGAAUGUGCUCAUUCCUACCGAUCAAUGUUGUUAUUUGUGCUGGUCUCAUCCUUCCCAAUGCAUCAGUUGGAACAACGAUCUUCUGGCAAUGGAUCAAUCAAUCAUACAACAUAGCACUCAAUCAUUCAAAUAGGAAUGCAAGCAACACAAUGUCCAAUCAGCAGGUAUUGACCGCCUACUCCACUGCCGUGGCUAUAUCAUGUUCGUUGGCCGUUGGUCUUGGACAUGUUGUCAACAAGCUGAAAAUACCCAAUGCAGCCAUUCACAGUGGUCUAAAGACCCUGGUACCAUUCACCGCUGUCACCUCUGCUGGUGUUGCCAACGUGUUGGUCAUGAGAGGAAAUGAGAUGAAGGAUGGCAUUGAUGUCAAGGAUAAAUAUGGAGACGUUCAUGGAAAGAGCAAGGUGGCUGGAAAGCUGGCGGUGUAUAAGGUGGCAUUCUCUCGCGCUGUCACAUCAUUCCCGGCAUUGAUCUUGCCAAACAUUGUGAUGAGCUUUGUCGAGAAGCUCUCAUUCGUCCAACGAUACCCCAAGGUCAAGAUGCCCAUCAAUCUCGCUGUUAUUGCCGCCAUCUUCAACAGUUCUUUGCCCGCGGCCAUUGCCAUGUUCCCUCAAGAGUCCACCAUUGAUGCUGGCGACCUCGAACCAGAGUUCCGCGGUCUGAAAGACAGGGAUGGUCAGCCCAUCCAAGAGUACAUCUAUAACAAGGGAUUGUAA